AUGCCGUCAAGAAGCUAUAAGGACCAGUCCCUCAUCCACCAGUUACAGGACAGGACAGUGGAUAGUGAGCCAGAGAUCCAUUAUGGGAAAGUCCAGAGUUCACGUGGCAUACAAAUAUCCAUUAUGUGGAGACGGAACCAAACUGGUGGAAUGUUUCAAGAGUUUAUCCUUGUUAGCUUCCCAGGUUUUCGAGAUAAAAACAGCAGGAGUUUCAUUUUUGGAGUGUUGCUCCUUUUCUAUUGUUUUAUAGUCUUUGGAAAUCUGUUUAUAGUAACGAUGUGGGUACUUGACAAAGAACUGCAUAGCCCCAUGUAUGUGUUAAUAUCCAAUCUAGCUCUUGUGGAUAUAAUUAUUUCCACUACUACAAUACCGAAAAUGUUGUCUGUUUUCAGUGCAGGGUCCAGCUCCAUUUCUAUUACAGGCUGUUUCAUUCAGAUGUUUAUCUGCGGGGCCAUGAACACAUCAGAGUCGCUUCUUCUUGCACUCAUGGCAUAUGAUAGAUACAUUGCUAUCUGUAAGCCCCUCCACUACUUCACGGUUUCGAACAACAGUAUAGUCAUGAAGCAGAUCAUUUGCUGUUGGCUGUGUGCUUUCAUGGUCAUGGUUGCACCACUCACUGUCAUCCAUGGGUUGCCAUUCUGUGGGUCCAAUGUAGUGGUCCACACAUUCUGUGACAGCUCCUCACUUCUGAGGUUAGCCUGUAGUGACACUUCUCUUAGCUCUUAUAUAAUACUGGCUGUAAGCUUGCCUGUGAUCAUAGUGCCUCUAGUCUGCAUCCUUUUGUCCUACACAAGGAUCGUCAUGUCAGUUCUCCAGAUCACUAACUCUGAGGGACGCCAAAAGGCCUUCUCUACCUGUACUACCCACCUGCUGGUCCUCCUUAUCUUCUUUCUUGUUGGAGCUGGUGUGCACAUAUCAAAUAUGCUUCCUGACGCUUCUCUAGAUGCUCAUAUGCUGGCAUCAGUCAUUCAGAAUAUCCACGGGUCAUGCAGUGGAAAUAUUGCAAAAUGGCAGUGUAUCGUGCAGCUUUUCCAAUGGGAGUUCCUUGGUGAUUCAAGCACAAUCAUUAUAGCUCUUCGGGGAGAAUCUGUCAUGAUCAUCAGAAUAGGGAGGUUCCCCCUUAGUGAGCUGAGUGCGAUCAUCAGAGCAGAGGAGAGGAUUGAGCAUGAUCUGCAGAGCGAUGACCAACUCUGA